AUGCUGAGAGCGGCUUUAAAAGUGGGAAUCAGAUGCUAUUCAAAUGAAACCAAACGUUUUGUAGUAAGGCAGCCCAAAAGCUCGAACAGAGGACUACUGAUAGGUAUAUUUGGGGCGAGUUUUGGAUUAGGAUGGUUUGUUACACAACAUAUGACAUUCACGGACUUCAUGGCCAAAUAUAUGUUUGAUAAUGUACCAGAAAACGAUGAGGGUCUUUUGAAAUACAAGGCGCAACUGCAGCAUCGUUUGGAUAACCUAAAAGUUGUGCAACAAUUGAAACAAGUAGGCUACACGGAGAUUUUCCCCAAGGCACAGAACAACAAGGCCAACAAGACGCUGGUUGAUAACACUCUUAUGGUGCCAGGGGGUAUAGCUAUUGCUCCCCGGUUUUUCUAUGAUGCCAAGACCAAACAAACUGUAGGUAUCUACCACCUGGGGAUGAAAUUAACGGGAUAUCCAUUCUUGGUGCACGGCGGUAUCUUGGCGACCGUUAUGGAAGAUCUCAUGCGAGUCUCUGUGAUGUUAGCGAAAGGAGUGAAGUCUGAAAAAACGAAAGAUCUAACCCUGAACUAUAAGUUUCCCACGCUCGCCAACCAGUUUGUCGUCGUGAGGAUUACACAAGUGGAGGAAAACGGCAGGAACAUAAAGCUGCAUGCGGAGCUCAUGGAUCAAAGUGGGGACCGUACUUUGGUCAAGGGAACCGGACGUUUCAAAUGCUAA